AUGGGCGGCGGGGUGUUGGUGCUGCUGCUGGCGGUGGGGCUGUGCGCGGCGCAGUACGAGGAGUACAGCGUGCGGGGGUUCCCCGCGGACGCGCUGGAGCCGCUGCAGCGCGCCUACUCGCGGGCGCUGGCGCAGUACGCGGACGCGCAGUGGGCGGAGAGCGCCCGGGCGCUGGAGGCCAGUCUGCGGCUCCACCGCCUGCUCCGCGACAGCGAAGCGCAUUGUCACCGCCGCUGCGCCGCGCCCGGAGACUCGGCCGAGGAAUCACCCGCGGAGGGGCACCCCGCGGCGUGGGAGUGGGAGCGGGAGAUGCAGCUCUUCGGACGGCUGCUGCACCGCGCCGGUUGCUUGCGCGCCUGCAAGCGCGACCUGCCAGUGUUCCAGCUUCGCUACCCUCCCGCGCAAACGCUGCGCGACUUCCAGCGCCGGCUGCCCUACCAGUACCUGCACUACGCGCUCUUCAAGUCAAAUAAGAUUGAGAAAGCAGUGUCCGCUGCCCACACCUUCCUGCAGAAGAACCCCAAGCAUGAGAUGACCUUGAGGUACCUGAACUAUUACAGGACGAUGCUGGAUGUGGAUGAAUACCUGGUUGACCUGGAGGCUCAACCUUAUGAGCCGAUAUUUGUGCGCUCAGUGAAGCUGUACAACAACGGGGACUUCCGGAGCAGCGCGGCUGACAUGGAGCAGGCACUGGCUGAGUACUACAAGGCGUACGAGGACUGCCUUGCUGGCUGCGAGGGAGCCUACGAGCUGGAGGAGUUCAAGGACUUCUACCCCGCCAUCGCAGACCACUUUGUGAGCGUGCUGCAGUGCAAGGUGGACUGUGAGACCGAGCUCACCCCCAACGUGGGUGGCUACUUCGUGGAGAAGUUCGUGGCCACCAUGUACCACUACCUGCAGUUUGCUUACUACAAGCUGAACGACGUGCGGGACGCGGUGCGCAGCGUCUCCAGCUACAUGCUCUUCGAUCCGGGCGAUGCUGUCAUGCAGCAGAACCUGGUUUAUUACCGCUUCCACCGCGAGCGCUGGCGCCUGCAGGAUGAGGACUUUGAGCCCCGGCCGGAAGCUGUGCGCUACCACAACCGGACGGCUGUCCAGAAGCAGAUGUUGGACUUUGCCAGGCAGUUCCUGCAGGCUGAUGAUGAGAUGGAGGUGGAUGGUGGUGAAGUGCUGGAGCCACUGGACUUGCCCAGUGACAUCGAGUUUGAGGGUGAGGGUGACUACGAGGAGGGCUUCUUCGCAGAGUGGUGGCAAGAUCCCAAGACCAAGGGGGACAAAGCUGAUCAAGAGACCCUGCAAUGAGUCGGGUAAGGUGGUUCCUAGCCCUAGCAGAGCUGGAUGCUGGUGGCCCUCUGACACCACCCUGGGGACAUUGGGCUACAGGAUCCUGCCAGCCGCUGCACAGAAUCUCCGACUCAUGAGGAAGGACUGAUCCUGCCCAGCACCCUGUGGCAAGGCUACAUCUUCCUUCUGGACACCCAGGCUGCCCUCAGUGCAGCCUGAUUCCUGUCGGUGGAGCAAUGGCACUGCCGAACCUCCCUGCCUGCCUGGGAGCUGACCCCAGCCCAUCACUGAUCCCUUUGUCCCUAGAAGCCCUGGUCGCCUGCAGUGUCCCUCAGCUCCUCCUCAGGAGCUGUGGAUGAUGCACCAGGAUCAACCCCUGUGCUGUUUCAAGGGACUAAAUGGGCUGCCCCUGCUCUGGGACCCAUGCACAGUGCUGCCAGAGCUGGGCUCCCAUGAUGGUCCUGCAUCUCCUUGGAGCUCCCCUGGGGUUCCUACCCUGCCUCCAGCCUCCCAUCCCUCCUGGCAGCCCCCAAAGCUUGGGGUCCCUUUGGAGCCCAGGGCUACAGCGCAGCUCCUGGAGUGCUGGUGUUCCCAUGCUGCCACGUGUGCCUUGAUUUUUUUGCCACACCAGCCUUCUGUAGCCUUGAGCUCUGUUAAUUUAAUACUUCCCAACUUG